AUGGCCACUGACAUUGCUACAAGGGAGCUUCGCAAGCCUAUUGACGUCGCUGAAUAUCUAUUCCGGCGUCUCCAUGAGGUUGGAAUUCGCUCAGUGCAUGGUGUUCCUGGUGACUAUAACCUUGCGGCUUUGGACUAUCUGCCAAAAUGCGGUCUUCACUGGGUAGGAAACUGCAACGAGCUCAAUGCAGGUUACGCCGCUGAUGGGUAUGCCCGGGUGAACGGAAUCAGUGCAUUGAUAACGACUUUUGGCGUUGGUGAGCUGUCAGCGAUCAAUGCCAUUGCUGGUGCAUACUCCGAAUUCGUACCCAUUGUCCAUAUCGUUGGUCAGCCACACACCAGGUCUCAGAGAGACGGAAUGCUGCUUCACCACACGCUCGGCAAUGGGGACUACAAUGUCUUUGCAAGAAUGAAUGCCGGUAUCUCUACGACUGUCGGACGCUUAAAUGAUACCCACGAAGUAGCGACACUCAUUGACAAUGCUAUCCGAGAAUGCUGGAUCCGAAGCCGACCGGUCUAUAUCACUCUGCCAACCGAUAUGAUCAAUAAGAAGAUUGAGGGAGAACGACUGAAUACCCCGAUUGACCUUUCUUUGCCAUCUAAUGACCCUGAGAAGGAAGACUACGUGGUGGAUGUUGUUCUCAAGUAUCUUCACGCAGCCCAAAGACCGGUUAUCUUGGUCGAUGCUUGCGCCAUCCGUCACAAAGUGCUACAAGAAGUUCAUGACCUUAUGGAGGCCUCCGGCCUGCCAACUUUCGUGGCGCCGAUGGGCAAAGGAGCAGUCAACGAGACGCACAAGAACUACGGCGGUGUUUACGCUGGAGACGGAUCCAACACUGGUGUGCGAGAGCAGGUGGAGUCUUCCGACCUGAUUCUUAGCAUUGGCGCGAUCAAGUCGGACUUCAACACGGCUGGUUUCACCUACCGCAUUGGUCAGUUGAAUACCAUCGAUUUCCACAGUACAUACGUGCGAGUGCGAUACUCCGAGUAUCCGGACAUCAACAUGAAAGGUGUCUUGAGAAAGGUCAUUCAGAAGUUGGGGCGUGUCAAUGCCCAGCCGGUGCCGCAGCUCAGCAACAAAUUGCCUGACGAUGAGCCGAAGUCGGGUGAUCAGCCAAUCACACACAGGUGGUUCUGGCCCAAGGUCGGCCAGUGGCUGAAGGAGAACGACGUCGUCAUCACAGAGACUGGCACUGCAAACUUUGGCAUCUGGGAAACGAGGUUCCCCGCAGGUGUCACGGCAAUCAGUCAAGUACUCUGGGGUAGCAUUGGUUACUCAGUGGGAGCUUGCCAGGGAGCCGCACUGGCCGCCAAAGAGCAGGGCAAUCGUCGAACUAUUCUCUUCGUCGGAGAUGGAAGCAUUCAGCUCACUUUGCAGGAAAUCAGUACCAUGAUCAGGAACAAGCUCAAUCCCAUUAUUUUUGUCAUCUGUAAUGAAGGAUAUACCAUUGAACGGUACAUCCAUGGAUGGGAAGCGAGCUACAAUGAUAUCCAGCAGUGGGACUACAAGAGCCUUCCCGUGGCAUUCGGAGCAGGAAAGGAUUACAAGGGUUAUCAAGUCAAGACCAAAGACGACAUGAUCAAGCUUUUCGAGAACAAAGAAUUCGCUUCAGCGCCGUGCCUGCAGUUGGUGGAGCUCUACAUGCCGCGGGAAGAUGCACCAUCAGCUCUGAAGUUGACAGCUGAAGCAGCAGCCUCGCGCAACAAAUAG